UUACGAAAAACGAGACAGAGGGCGCGGGGGCACAGUUGACAAUUCACGGUUUAUUUAUUUCUCGUCAUAAAGACAGGAAUUUCGCAAUAAAACAGAGAUAAAAUAUUAAUAUUUAGGUAGGCAUUAGAUUCGUUGUAUCAAUUAACAUGUCUUACCAGCUGUACAGAAACACAACACUAGGCAAUACUCUGCAAGAGAGUCUCGAUGAACUAAUUCAGUAUGGACAAAUUACUCCUCAACUUGCGAUCAAAGUGCUUCUGCAAUUCGAUAAGGCGAUCAAUCAAGCUCUUGCCACGAGGGUCAAGUCGAGAUUAACAUUUAAGGCUGGAAAACUGAACACGUACAGAUUUUGUGAUAAUGUUUGGACCUUCAUGCUGAAGGAUGUUGAGUUUCGUGAGGUACAAGAAGUAGCUAAUAUUGGUACAGUCAAAAUAGUCGCCUGUGAUGGUAAAACUCUAGAUGCUGACGGUGCAGCGAGACGAUAACGAAGAGUACAAAUAUUUAUAAAAUGGGCAUAAUCUUCAUCACUGGGACAACAAUAUUCGUGUAACAAUGGCGAUCAGAUAUACUCAACCAUUGAUCAGUCUGUCCAGUAAACAAAUUCAGGAAUAGUCAGACUGAAGUGAUUAUAUGAUAUCGAAAAAAUUUAUUUCAUCAUUAUUUUGUGUAUUUCAUAUUUUCGACGACUCUGUAUACGUUUACAUUGUGAUGGUAUUUCCUAUUUCAAAGACGAUUCAUUAAUAAAGGGAGAUAUUUCAUGUA